UGUGCCAUGCUUAAACAGCUGCUGUCAAAACAUCACGAACCUCAUCUAGAAGUGAAAUAUGGAGAACAUGGAGCGACUGAGAGUACUUGAACUAUACAGCGGGAUAGGAGGAAUGCAUUAUGCUUUAAAGGAGAGCUCAGUUCCAGCGGAAGUUGUAGCUGCUGUGGAUGUCAACACAACAGCCAAUCAAAUCUACAAACACAACUUUCCCACUACACAACUCUUGCCAAAAACCAUAGAGGGAAUGACGUUGCAGGAUUUUGACAGGCUAAAUUUUGACAUGAUUUUGAUGAGCCCACCAUGUCAACCUUUCACCAGGAUUGGUUUGCAGGGAGAUGUUGCUGACCCCAGAACAAAGAGCUUCCUGUAUAUCCUGGAUCUUCUGCCAAGGCUCAGCAAGCGGCCACGCUUCAUUCUGCUGGAGAAUGUGAAGGGCUUUGAGAGCUCAGCUGCAAGGGAUGCUUUGGUUCAGACCCUGAGAGAGUGCGACUACAGCUUUCAGGAGUUUCUGAUCUCGCCAACAUCUCUUGGGAUACCUAAUUCUAGGCUCAGAUACUUCCUGAUAGCAAAGAGAGCACCAGAAACCUUCUCUUUCCCAGUUUCAACGGAGAUUAUUGAGGGCUUCCCCAUGUCUGAAUCUACAGACAGUCCACACAAUCAUCCCACAUCAUCUGCAUCCGAGAGAGAAAAGACGAUCAUGUUUAAGCUGGAGACGGAAGAAGAUUUGGAAAGGAAGAGGAAGCAGGACAGCCGGGAAUCAGUCAGGAGGUUGCUGGACUUCUUGCAGGAGGAAGAGGACAUGGAGCCGUAUCUGCUGCCUUCCAAAACCCUGCUCAGAUACGCUCUGGUGAUGGAUAUAGUUCAGCCCAGCAGCAGGAGAUCAGUCUGCUUUACCAAAGGGUAUGGUCAUUAUGUAGAGGGCACGGGCUCCGUCUUGCAGUCCUGUAUGGAUGUGGAUCUGGAGAUGGUGUUUAAGAGUCUGGAUCAGCUUUCAGAAGAAGACAAACUCAAGCAGCUCCUCCAACUCAAGCUCAGAUACUUCACUCCUAGAGAAAUCAGCAGACUCAUGGGCUUCCCGGAUCAUUUCACAUUUCCAAAGCACAUUUCCUUUAAACAGCAGUACCGUGUGUUGGGGAACAGCCUGAACGUCCAUGUGGUUUCACAUCUUAUACGUCUAAUGGUCGCAAAAUAGACACAUCUUAUAGAUAGCAUUGUUGUAUGUUGUUUUUAUUUUGUGUAAAUGUGUAUAUUUAUAUGAAUAAAUAAUGUUUUGAUAUUU